UCCCCAACAGCCUUAUGUAACUGGAAAACUUCGUAGGCAGCGUAUCGGCAAGCUGUUGGUGCUGCUCGGAAUCAACUUUCUAUUGACAUUUGCCGCUGUCCGUGGUACUGAAUUAGUCAAAGUGUGCUGAUGUACGGGCAUCUGCAGAUCCUGGCUCUGGAUGGAGAGGUCAGGCUUUGCCACCUGGGUUGCUCGCUGAUCGUCACUUUAACUUCAUGCGAAGUAUUUGCUGCUGGUUUCCAAAUCAUGGUCCGGAAAGGAGUCUGUUGUUGCUGUGCUGCUCUGCGCCCACGCUACAAACGUCUAGUGGAUAACAUCUUUCCUGAAGACCCCAAAGAUGGGCUCGUCAAAGCCGACAUGGAGAAGCUGACGUUCUACGCCGUCUCUGCUCCCGAGAAGCUUGACCGGAUCGGCGCUUACUUAGCAGAACGGCUGAGCCGGGAUAUUGUCAGGCACCGUUACGGGCAUGUUUUAAUCGCCACGGAGGCACUGGACCAGCUUUUGAUGGCUUGCCAUUCUCAGAGCAUCAAACCAUUUGUCGAAAGCUUCCUUCACAUGGUGGCCAAGCUGCUGGAGUCUGGGGAGCCGAAGCUGCAAGUCCUGGGAACCAAUUCGUUUGUGAAAUUUGCAAACAUUGAGGAAGACACGCCUUCUUACCACAGGCGCUACGACUUCUUUGUUUCUCAAUUCAGCGCUAUGUGCCAUUCUUACCAUGAAGAUCCUGAAGUACAAACUGAGAUCCGAAUUGCCGGGAUCCGGGGCAUUCAGGGCGUGGUCCGUAAGACGGUGAACGACGAACUCCAGGCCACGAUAUGGGAGCCUCAGCACAUGGACAAGAUUGUGCCCUCCAUGCUGUUCAACAUGAAGAAGUCAGAAGAUGUCAGCAGUCGGACCUGCCUGGCUUCCUCACUGGGGGGAGAAAAAGAAGAAGACCCUUCUGUGCUGGCCGAGAACUGUUUCCGUGAACUGCUGGGCCGGGCAACUUAUGGCAACAUGAACCACGCUGUCCGGCCGGUGUUUGCGCACUUAGACCAGCAUAGACUCUGGGACCCCAACGAAUUUGCUGUCUCCUGCUUCAAAAUCAUUAUGUAUUCUAUACAGGUGCAGUAUUCUCAUCACGUGAUACAGGAAAUCCUGGGACACCUGGACGCUCGCAAAAGAGAUUUCCCCCGAGUCCGAGCAGGCAUCAUUCAAGCUCUCUUGCAAGCGGUUGCUGUCGCUGCCAAAGGGUCCAUAGGCCCAACCGUCUUAGAGGUUUUCAACACCUUAUUGAAGCAUCUCCGUUUCAGUGUCGAUUUCGAAUUAAGUGACCGGCGUAGCUCAGUGAAUAGCAUCAGUUUUAGCGCAAACGCCAAAGACAAUGAUGAGAGGAUCGUCCAGAAUGCUAUCAUCCAAACCAUUGGGUUCUUUGGAAGCAACCUGCCAGACUACCAGCGGUCAGAGAUCAUGAUGUUCAUUAUGGGCAAAGUGCCCGUGUUGGGAGCAACCUUGCCUACACUAGAGACCAGCCAGCUAAGUGAUUUGGGAACCAGGCGAUUCCAGAUUAUGCUGCUGAGGUCCUUGCUUAUGGUGACUUCUGGAUACAGCGCUAGGACUAUUUCUGCCGCUCUACCUGCUCCUUUUCUGGAUCCAUUGCUGUCUCCGUCACUUAUGGAUGACUGUGAACUGCGACAACUGGUCCUGGAAGUGCUGCAUAAUAUUAUUGAUCGGCAUGACAACCGAGCAAAGCUUCGUGGCAUCAGAAUAAUACCUGACGUUUCGGACCUAAAGAUAAAACGAGACAAAAUUUCAAAGCAAGAUGGGAGCUUCAUGAAAAAGUGUGGCCAGCAGCUGUACAGGCAUGUCUACUUGGGUUGUAAAGAGGAAGACAAUGUCCAGAAGAACUUUGAACUGCUAUAUACAACCCUGGCCCUCAUUACUAUUGAACUAGCCAGUGAAGAAGUGGUCAUUGACCUCAUCCGAGUGGCCAUAGCAUUGCAGGACGUCGCAAUCCUUAAUGAAGACAAUCUGCCCAUGUUCCAUCGUUGCAGUGUGAUGGCAGUGGUUGCAGCUUAUCUGAACUUCCUGAGCCAAAUGAUUGCUGUUCCUGCUUUCUGCCAGCAUAUUAGUAAGGUCAUUGAAACCAGAACGUUAGAAGCACCGUAUUUUUUACCAGAAACCAUUUUCAGAGAGAAGUGCAGUCUCCCAAAGUCCCUCGAGAAAGAAGAAACCAACUUGUUUUUUCUGACCAACCAAAUGGCCGAAUCGCUUGGCGGCAGCGGCUACUGUGUCGAGAGACUAUUGGUGCCAUACGUUCCGCUCGUGACUGCUCUAUUUCGGUCUGGCAAAAAGCCUCAUAAGCGCAGGCGCAAGUCGAAAGAUGAGGACAGACUGUCACGGAGGAGAAGUCUGGUGGAUACUUUAUCCAUCCAAGUGGACCUUGUGCCUGGCUGCAAUUUGCAAGAAAAGGUGAGCAGUACCGAAGAAAUCACGUUUGAAACACUGAAGAAGGCAAUAGAUAGCAAUGGGCUUGAGGAACAAGAGAAGGAAAAGCGGCGGCUGGUGAUAGAAAAAUUCCAGAAGGCUCCUUUUGAAGAGAUCGCAGCUCAGUGUGAAACUAAAGCAAACCUGCUUCAUGAGAGACUGACACAGAUCUUGGAGCGUACAGUCCGACCUCCUCCAAGCCCUUCCGGCACCGCAGCAAUCACCGCUGGCCAUGUUCAUUACCGAUCCAUUCCGGUCUAUGAGAUGAAGUUUCCAGAUCUUUGUGUGUAUUGAGUAUCCUCUGCGGUCGUCAAAAACGGUUCCCAG